AUGGCAUCUGGUCAGUAUCGAGGAUCUCACGCCUUCACCCGCACCAAACAUUCGUAUCAAGAAUCGGUGAACCCCAAUACGGGAUCCCUGACCAUCCGAGCGCCACUCUUGGAUAUCCCAGGAGUCCAACCAGCUGUGGACUUUAGCCUCAACCUACUCUACAGCUCCGGGAGCCUUGGCACGUUUGGGCUACCAAGAAACUGGGGCCUCGACCUUCCCUACGUCUGCCAGGGCAAGAGUCUCACCACAAAGGGCCGCACAUACGUGGUGGACCUGGCCUGGUCAGACUCCGAGGGCCACAAGUCGGGGUUGCGCUACGUCAACAACCACGAUAUUGUCUUGAAGAAGAUCAUCCCGCCUCAGCCACUACCCUCGGGGAAGAAAGGGCUGUACGGGUGGAAACUCCAGAACUCGGACGGCUCCUGCGACUAUCUCGACGAAGCGGGCAAGCCCAGAGAACGACAUGACCUGUACGGCAACCACUUCCACCUGACGUAUGUCAACGACCUAACGGGCGGCGUCGACGCUCCCGGCCUCUGGCUAAGGUCGGUCGAGGAUUCGUGGGGCCAGCAGAUAGCCUUUGGUCAUCAGCCGGGGUCCAGCCUUGUCAUUACAAGCCCUGACGGUGGGAAAACCAAGAUCACCUUCUCAGAUGCUGCUGGGGGUGUCACGUCUGUGACCAACGCCGAGGGUCUGAAGACGACCUUUGAAUACACCAUAUUCGAGAAAAGCCACCGCGUCGUGUCAAGUGUCCGAUAUUCCAACGGGCUGCGCUCGCGUUACGGGUAUGCUGGCAUACCGUAUAUUGCCUCUGACGGCACCCGUCACAACAUGGCGGCUGUACAGGAACAUUAUCAAGUCCACAGCUCAAGCGGCAAUACCGUCCGACAUGUCCGCUACGGCUAUGGGUCAGGGAGCAACGCUACCUUCACUGGGGCAGUGUUGGGGUUGCGGAUGGGUGGCAAUGGCGAUCCUCUAAUGGACAGCGGACCCCGUACAGCGACGUACAAAUACGAUGUUGUAAAGACGGUCUCAGACGGAGAUAAGAAGCCCAUGAUGCGGAUGCGCACCUGGUACAACAACCUGCAUCUGCCGAUGGAAGAGAUGGUCCUGGCACCAGAUGACGAAGGCGGAUUUACCGAAACUCACAAGGCUGUCUACACUUACAAGAUUGACUACGAAAGAUUCGCGCGGACGAGCGCGUAUGAGUUGCCAGUGCAGACUGAGGUCUGCAACCGCUCCCAGGGCGCAUGGGUGGCUUCCCGACGCACAAAGGCCACACACAACGGAUUCUACAGGCAAAUCACUUGCAGCGAUGAAAUAUGGCACGCCGAGAAAGGGUACGAGCUCCAGUCGACUGUCGAGAAGGAGUACUACACCACGUCCUUGGACACACAAAUAGUGAAGAGAACAACCCAACGGGACAACGUGGCGCACUACGAAGAGGUUGCCGAAAACACUCUCACGCCCGAUGAGAAGAACAUAUCUUCCAUCACCAAGGCCUUCCGGUCGUUCUCGGACGGCGACACUUCUUUAAAGCCCUGGAAACACAUAUCGUAUUCAUACUCGGCGCAAGGAAGACUCACAAGUGAAUCGCUGGCCUGGAGCCAGGGUGCUGCAGUCCCCACGGACAGCGCUACCUCCACGACGACCAAAACGGAUUACGAGUACCAGAAUGGCAUCCUCAUCGAAUCACGUACCAACGCACUCGGUGAGACGGAGAAGGUCGAACGCAACAUGACCAAGCCCCAAGGGCCCGUGACCCGCCGAACAUGGCCCAUGGGUCAGACCGAGUCAUUCACCCAUGACGCAAUGGGUCGGGUCACCAAGCAGAUCGACGCGUCUGGCCUUCAGACAGAUAUAAAGUAUGAAACUACCGAGUCCCAAGGGACCCUCGUCACGGUCACGAAGCCCACCGGGUACGUGACGACGGUGAGGAUAGACAUGCUUGACCGCGAGGUCGAGGCAACCGAUAAUGCGGGUCCGACGGAAGGUGCUAGCAAGCCGAGAACCCUGUGGACCAAGACCUACGAUGCUCUGUCCAGGGUGAUCGAGAUGCGUGACCGAUACAGCCUCGUUACGAGUCACACCUACGACGAGCUGAACCGUCCCUUGUCAACGACAGAUCCCAAAGGCAACGUUGUACGUUUCCAGUACGAAAAUGGAGGCUCGAAGGUAACCCAGAGUAUUAACGGAGACAGAAGGCUGGUGCGGACGGUCAACGCUCGCUCAGAAGUAAUUGAAGAGGUCACAUAUGCCGACUCGGGCGAUAAACAUGUGGACCACUGUUUGGUCGAAGAGAGCGCCUACGAUGGCCGCGGCAACAAAACCAGUAGUAAGCUGUACAAGGAUACUGGUAAUACGGGCACCGCGGGCAGCACCGAUAUGAUUAGUGACACGGUCACGGUCUACGGCCCUGAGAAGGCCGUGGUGUCAGAGACUGUCACGGGGUACAUGGACAAGGGACCUGAUGUUGUGCGGCGCCGCUUCGAAUACGAUCUGUUUGGCAACGUGUAUAGCUACGUCAAGGACGUUACCUACUCUGACGGACGUCAAUUUCUUGGUCAUCAAGGCGGCGUUCAUAUUUUUGACAAUGCGAACCGCCCAAUUCUCUUCCGAGACCGGGAAGGUCGUGAGGAGCGGCAGAUGUACGAUAGAAACGGCUGGCUCAGUAAACUGGUCCGGACGGAUGGAUCUGAGAUACGCUACAACCAUGACUCACUAGGCCAGAUCCUUGAUACCACCUAUCCGGAUAGCCAGACCACGUACACGUAUGACAGCGGAGCGCGGUUGACAAGUCUGAGUGAAGGGGAGAGAAAUUCUGUCCAGUACACCUACUCGCUUGACUCGGUCCCCCUUGUUGUAAAGUACGGGGAUGGCCGAGCCCAGAAUUACACCUUGGAUCAGCACGGUCGAGUCAUCUCCGAGAAAGAUGCCUGUGGAAUCACACAGGAGACAACAUUUGAUAGCGUCGGCGAAGUCUCGAGCCAGAGGUUCGGCGGCGAUACACUUGAGUACUCGUAUGGCGACGUGAACCACACCAAAGGACUGCUUCUGGCAACGACUCUGUCGGGUGGUCGGACACCACUGAGGACUGACUUUGAAUACGAUGGAUUUGGACGCGUCAGGAGAACAGUGGUACGAGACCCCAGCAGCAGCAAGACGCUUCUCGAUACCGAUCUCACCCUCGACGCACAAGGCCGCGUGAUGGCAAUGACUUCCAGAUCCGAAGUGUCAGCUGAUCUCAACACACAACGUGCAUUUACAUACGACGGUCUAGGCCAACUGGUAGAGGAGAAAAUCCGUGACGCCACGACGGGCACGUCUUGGAGCGUGACGGCGUACAGCUACGAUGGCAACUCGAACGUCAUCUCGGUGCGCCGGAACGACCAUCUCACGACCAUGACGUACAAUAAGAUCGAUCAGCGCACGGAUUCCGGAAUCGAGUAUGACAAGAACGGCCGGAUGGUGGUUGACAGCCAGGGCAACCACUACAGGUUUGACGACCGCGAUCGCCUUGUCUCGGUGGAGAGAAGUCAACGUGCUGGAAAGAGUUCAUUUGCCUACCAUGCCGAUAACUUCCUGUCUCAGAAUCACCGCGAGGGAUCCACCACCGGGAAAGCCGACAUGUACUACACCCGGGGUAAGAUAAACGUCAUACGAGAUACAGAGCCUGAGAAGGAGGACGGGGCCGGAGACACAUCCUUCUUCUACACUCCGGACUCGGGGCUGGUCUCCAGUCGCAGCAACACCCAAGGAAAAGAAUACUACUUUAAGCAGCUGGGGUCGACGGCUUUGAUCAUGCAGGAUCCAGCCGGAGGCGGUGAUUCGCCGCCUCGGUAUAUCUCUGCCUCCUACGAUGCGUACGGGAACCCCUUAGUCCGCAGCGACGAGAAGAUCCGGAGCGAGGGCAGCAGCAAGAAGAGCGGCCCGCACUUUGGCUUUGUCCAGGAGUUCUCCGAUCCAGACGCAGGCCUUGUGUACUUUCGAUCCCGAUACUACAAUCCCCGCAAUCUGGCCUUCAUAUCCAUGGACUCCCGCCGGCGCCAGGAGAACCGGUAUACAUACUGCUCUGGAGAUCCCGUCAACCGGUCCGACCCCUCCGGGCACGAUUGGAGGGACGAGUGGUUCACGGCGCGACGGUUGACGAGUAUGACAUUGGGCUUUGUGGCCGGCAUAGCGGUAUCUUUGGUCGCCGGCCCGGCCGUCGGCGCCGCGAUGGCGAGUGCCGUGAACCUCGCUACCGCAGGCACGGCUUCCGGAAUGGCGAUACUGGCGGGUGCUGUUGCCACCGAGGUGGUGGCUCCUAUCGUCACGGGUGCCAUCUCCGGUAUUGCCGCCGGUGCAGUGUACUCGGUCUCGAUGGAGGAGAAGAUCGACGGCUGGGAUAUCGCCGUCUGGGCCACGGGCGGUGCGGUCGGAGAGGUGGUUGGGAUGGCAGUGCGGCCGUACGUGAGGCCGUUCAUGUCCAAGCUCAUGGCGAGCGGGAAGAAGCAGAACUUCCUCAAGUGGGGAACCCGCAGGGUGCUCGCGGCUUCGUCGAACAAGGCGACGCAGUUCGCGAUGCAACUGGGCGAGUCAUCAGCUCUUACGGGGGUGGCGGGCGCUGCCGGUCUGACGGCGGCAUCGCAUGCCGCGCUCUCAUCAGCAGCGCCGUCCGCAAGCGCGCUUAGCGGGGGAGCGUUAACGACUUGGGGUGACGGGACGGGGACCGGGCAGGGGGCAAAUGCAGCAAUCGAUAGUGAUCAAGGACAGCCCACGGCUGCAGUCUGGUGUGCUGAGGUCUGGGGCUCCCCGGGGUCACUCGAGUGGCUAGGCUAG